GACCGCUCCUUUCUUUGUCAGAGCCGGUUAUUAAUCCUGUUAUUGGCUUUAGCUUUGAGCUUGCUGUUACAGAGAGCUGAGAAGAGUCCACAAUGAUGGACAGUGAGUCGAGUUCAAAUCCUAAAGCGCCAUUAUUGAGCGGAAAUGAGAGAAAGCGAAGUGGGAGACUGAGUCGAGGCAACUCGGUACGCACACUCAGAGACCAUUUUUUCUCCAGAUUGCCUGACAAGGUUCGAUCUGGAGUGGAUGUCGAUUCUCCCUCUCGCAUUGACGUUUCUAAAACCAAAGGAUUGACUAAAGAUGAGAAGAAAUACUACGAAAGACAAUUUGCUACAUUAGAAUCGUUUGAGGAAGUUGAUUCUUUGGAAUCGGGUGACACAAUCCAUGAAGAGGACGAUGACGAACAGCUGCAAGCCGAAAGGGCCAUGAGAAUCUCUAAUUAUGCAAAUAUUCUACUCCUGGCAUUUAAGAUCUAUGCUACAAUAAAGAGUGGAUCAAUAGCCAUUGCUGCAUCAACCUUAGAUUCUUUACUAGAUCUCAUGGCGGGUGGCAUACUCUGGUUCACUCACCUGUAUAUGAAAAACAUAAAUAUCUAUAAAUAUCCUAUUGGAAAAUUGAGGGUGCAGCCUGUGGGCAUAAUCAUCUUUGCUGCUGUCAUGGCUACACUUGGGUUUCAAAUAUUGCUCGAGGCUGUUGAACAACUAAUUAAAGAUAAGGCUCCUGAUAAGUUGUCCUCAGAUCAAUUGGUGUGGAUGUACACAAUAAUGCUUACGGCCACAGUGGUGAAGCUGGCACUCUGGAUUUACUGUAGAAGUUCAGGAAACAAGAUUGUUCGUGCCUAUGCAAAGGAUCACUACUUUGAUGUGAUAACAAAUGUAGUAGGAUUAGCUGCAGCUGUUCUUGGUGAUAAGUUCUACUGGUGGAUAGACCCUGCUGGCGCUAUUUUACUUGCCAUUUACACGAUUACAGUUUGGUCUGGAACUGUUAUGGAAAAUGCAGUUUCCCUUGUUGGACAAUCAGCCUCUCCUGAAGUCCUGCAAAAGUUGACGUAUCUUGUCAUAAGACAUCCUCAAGUUAAGCGCAUUGACACUGUCCGUGCUUACACCUUCGGUGUUCUUUACUUUGUAGAGGUUGAUAUUGAACUACCGGAAGAUUUGCCUCUAAAAGAAGCACACACCAUCGGAGAAACUCUGCAGAACAAAAUUGAGAAACUUCCAGAAGUUGAGCGGGCAUUUGUUCAUCUGGACUUUGAGUGUGAACACAAACCAGAGCACUCUGUUCUCAGCAGGUUACCCAACAGUUCGCCAUAAUAUUUUAUUUAUGUCAAGGUCCAUAUUAUAUCCUUGAGUUGUUUGCAGGGUAAGUGUAAAAUUCCUCGUCCAAGUUUCAGUCGAUUAGAUCUUGGAAACUAAUCGAUUUAUGUGGAGACAAUUUGAUAUUCAAUUGCAAUGUUAUUUUUAUGGUUA